CUCCUUCGUGAGGAUCCCAUUUCUCUUUUUCUCUCUUCAAAUGUUACAACCUGCAAUCGGGAGUGAGGAGCAAGGAGAAGGUGGAGGAGGGAGUACCUAUCAACCAGGGAGAUCGAGUCAAUAAACAAAAUGGCGGUAGCCAACUCGAAAAGCGAAUCACACGAGGAAAAUAAAAAGUUGCAAAUCAAUGUCAUUUAAACUACCCAAACGAACAAGUCCUGGCUCAAUUACCGUACCAAAAUUAGCACCAGAGCUACAGAUACUCCCACAAACCCAGGAUAUGUCCCGGACCGGACUGAUACCCGCACAUACAGUGCCGUACCACGGCAUGGCACAGCAUAUAUCGCCCGCAACAUCGGCCUUCCUCGUGUGCGAGGACGUACGCUCUAACAAGAGGUUUAUCCGGGAACCCCGCCGGAGCCCCCGGUUUUCUUUGCGCUCUGGCGCUGCAAUACGUAUGUACGUACAACAUUGGGCUUGGUAAAAGAUGAAAGGGAAGUACGAAAGGGAGAAAAGGAGCCUGAGAGGAAGAGCGAGGGAGGGAAGAAAGAAAAGGAAUAGGAAAAGGCAAGACGGGGGUUUUUUUUUCGAAAAAAAAAAACUGCCAUGCUGCCUCCUGUCGGUGGCUUGCCCGCCUUUGAACCUGUCUAGGAUGGUAUGGGUAUGUGUGGUUAAGGGAAAAUAAAAUAAAAGAGCAAUACAUAAGAGAUAAGCCCUCCACCUCCCGUUUAGACAUAGAACUGCUGGAAUCAUAAAUGGGCAAAAACGACAUAACACAACAUGCUCCACAACUCCCCGAAAAACAAUCCCGCCUGCCAGUCGCCGCUGCCGAACCCCCCCGACCCCCCUCUUCGCCCACCACCCUACCAACAUAUGACCGCAAUAAGGGAAACAUACUAACACGAAGGCAUAGAAAGAUAACCAUACAAAAAAAUUCUAA